CGUACCCUCACCACCAAUCUGUCUCGUCGCCAAGGUUGAAUGAUUCUGCUGCACGUGUCGUUCAUGUCAUGGCAUAGGCAACUCAUUGGGGCUCUGUCGUAUGUUCUCGAGGCUCUUUCGCUCGCUCAAUUUUCCAUCCGCUCGUCAUCAGCUACCUGGCUGGUUCCUAGGAGCGUCCCUCUCUGGUCGAGCUUACCGGACUUGCCCACUCGCUCCGUCAUCCUACAUGGUUUCCUAGGAGCGGCAGUCCUUAGACCAAUUGGAUUUGCAGAGAACCUGGCGAUCAUCAUAGCAACGGCCCACGCCUACGUGUAAAUUCAUCCACACCAGCGACCCAGGCUCACCCCACAUGGCCAUUCCUCGGCCACGACAACAGCUCUAGGGACAUCGCAGCAACGACAGCCCUCCGCCA